AUGUAUGCCGACGUGGAUCCUACGCAAGAUACGGAAUUUCACGAUGCUCUACGCAAGCAUGGCAUCAUCCCGCCGAAACCUCCUUCGCGCUCUCCCUCGCCCGAAUUACCUAGCGAGUCCGAACGACGAAAUGCCAAGCUGCACGCUCUUCCCAUCCACUCUCUCCAACAUCAUCUAGACACCGCUCUGGACUCUCACGAUGCUCAACAAGUGGAAGAGAUUCAAUUCAUCCUUCGUCAAAGGGCAAAGGCAGAGUUGAGACAGAAGAGAAGGAAUAGAUUUGGCAGAGUCUAUCCGAUUCAGAGACCGGAUUAUACGAGGGAAAUCACCGAGGCUAGCAAGGUCGAGGUCGAUGAAGAUCAGAGUGACGAGGAUGAAGGCGACGAGGAAGAGCGCGAACAAUUUGGACGCGGCCUGAAUGGCAACAGUGCGCAAGGAGAUCCGGCGAAAAGGAAAGGCACCGGAGUGGUUUGCUUCCUCUAUAAGGACGGGAUGCCAACAUGCGAGCUCUUGAAGGGCUACCUGAACACAUUAGCCGAGAGGUAUCCAGCGACAAAGUUCGUCAGCAUAGUUGGGGACAAGUGCAUACCCAAUUAUCCGGACAAGAAUUUGCCCACAUUGUUGAUCUACAGGAAUGGGGAGCUGCAUAGGCAAAUGAUAGGUCUCAGACCCGAGAUUGGUCUAAGUGGGAUGGACACCAAAUUGGAGGACAUUGAGCUGGUCCUUACAGCAGUGGGCGCAUUGGACCGACCACCCCUACCCUCGCAGCCCACACUAGGGCGAGAGGAAGACACUUCCGAUUCGGACGAUUCAAGCGAGGAGAACAAGACGAAGGCAAAGAGCAUCAGGAAUGCCACGGGCAGAGGGACUGGAGUGCUUGGCGCUCCGACGGAUAGGCGGCCAAGCGCCAAGACGCAGGAGGAGGAGGAUGCGGAGCUGGAUUGGGAUCUGUAA